GAUCGUCCAGUGAUCGCUCGACGAGUCGACAAUGCCGCUACCGAAUAUUCUGAGAAAGGCGAGCAGCUACAUCCUCGGCGACUGCGGCCAGGACAACCGGCGCGUCAUUUACCAGGACGGCGAGGCGUUGUUCUGCAAGAACAACGUCUGUGUACACCCACCGACGCUGAUGAGGCAGCACGCCGAUGUGGUGCACCAUCCCGGGUAUAUGACUAUCACUUGUAAGUUGAAUAAGAACUCGAACUUGCCGACCUUGCACCUCAGCUGGAUACCCAACAGCACGUUGCGCAAACAUCCCACCACGUUGGAGAGUCUGAGCGCGAGGAACAUCGCAGCGGCUCAACGGGACUCCGUCAACCCGACCUCUCCUCGCUCCCCUCGCUCCGACAAGAUGUGCGAAUCGCUCAACGCAAGACAUGAGCUGGAGAACGAGAACGAGAACGAGAAUGAGAACGAGAAUGAGAACGACAACGGCAACGGCAAGCUGGACGUGUGUCUGGAGGCGAAGGAGCCCGUCAGCUGCGGGGACUGCGAGCGCGUCUGUUCCGGAUCAGGGUACAGCUACGGCUACGACUUCUUACGUCGCCGAGAUCCGAUUGGUACGGCCAGCGAAGGUGAGAACUUCGAGGCCGAGAAUCAGCCAGACUCGGCGGAGUCACGGAACGAAGAGAAUGGGGAUGUCAAGGAGCGAGGUAACGACGCCGACGCCAGGAGCAUCGACGAAGAGGCGCGUUUAUCGUUCCGCGACGAUAUCAGCGUCAAGAGUCGCAGCCUGUCGUUGACCUCGACGUGCAGUCUGUCGCUCGCAGUAUCAACCGACACCGAGGAGAUGCCCACGUGGAUGAGGUCUCCGGAGCUGCUGGCUCUGCAACACAACCUCGCCUUUCCCGAGAGCGCGACCGCGUCGCCGGUGACGCUGCGGCGAGCGCAUCGCUGCAGGAGAUUCUCGGUGGACCUCAGCGAGAUGCGAUCCCUCAGGCUGUUCUUCGCCGAUCCCGCUUGCACCUGCGGCCAACUGGUAGUGGCGAGCAGAGAGAGUCAAUACAAGAUCCUGCAUUUUCAUCACGGCGGUUUAGACCGGCUGGCCACUACUCUGCAUCAGUGGCAUCAAUUGCUCUAUCCGCGUUUGAACGCAGACACGGAGGAGAGUCUGCCGUACAGGCACUUCAUGGUAUGCAGACCGGAGGUGAGCCGGGACGAGUUGCACCCGGAGGAAGGCCAAGUGCCGAUGAUCACGUCACUGGCUUGGAAAGACCUGCUGAAUGAACGGGGCCAAGUGGAAGACGAUCUCGCUCUUCGCAAGGGUGUAUUUUUCGGCGGCUUAGAGCCGGCGCUGCGAAAGAUCGUCUGGCCGUUUCUGCUGCACUGCUAUUCCUAUCAGAGCACGUACGAGGACAGAGAGCAGAUCGACGCCAUCAGACGGCAAGAGUAUGACGAGAUACAGAAACGCAGGCUGAACAUGAGUCCGGAGCAGGCCGAGCGUUUCUGGCGGAACGUGGUGUGCAUAGUAGAGAAGGACGUCGUCCGCACGGACCGCGGUAAUCCGUAUUACGCCGGCGAGGGUAACCCCAACAUCGAGGUGAUGAAGAAUAUAUUACUCAAUUAUGCGGUUUACAAUUGUCGUUUGGGCUACACUCAAGGAAUGUCGGACCUCUUAGCUCCGUUGUUAGCCGAACUCAAUUCCGAAAUCGAGGCCUUCUGGUGUUUCGCGGGUCUGAUGCAGAGAUCAGUGGCCGUGUGCACUCCCACCGACACGGACAUGGACAGGAACCUGUGUUACCUGCGGGAGUUGGUGAGAAUAAUGGUACCAGACUUUUACGCGCACCUUGAAAAACACGCGGACGCCUUGGAGCUUCUGUUUUGCCACCGAUGGAUACUUCUAUGCUUGAAGCGGGAAUUUCCUACUGAGAUAGCGUUGAUUAUGUGGGAGGCUUGCUGGGUCAAUUACUUAACGGAUCAUUUUCACUUGUUUCUUUGCCUAGCUAUAAUGUGCGUUUACGCGGACGACGUGAUCGCGCAGGAUCUCAGGACGGACGAGAUGCUGCUGCAUUUCAGUUCGUUGGCCAUGUACAUGGACGGGAACAUUAUACUGAGAAAGGCACGAGGCCUACUCCACCAUUUUCGUCAACUUGUGCGCUUACCUUGCACGUUAGCCGGCUUGUGCCGCCAAUGCGGCCCGGGGAUGUGGGAUAGCACGCACGAUCCGGUGAUAGAGUGCGUGGGUCACGAGGACACGCAUUGCCCCUAUUUAAAUAAUUACGAGUAAUUCUCGUAGGAAGAAGGGAGAAAAUCAGUAUUACUUAACGCGUGAGUCCGCAUUUGUUUCGUCGGCUUAUUAAAUUGUAAACCCUUGUUCUCUAUUUCUCUCUCUUUUUUUUUCUCUCUACAAGAGUUCUUCGUAUAUUCGUAGCAUAAGUUUUCUACAACCACUGAUAUUUAUCGAAUCUAACGUGAUGCAGUUCGAUUCUGUGCCACGCUCCUUGGGUUUACAUGCAAAUAAGCUGAGUCGUUGCGACUGCGAUUAAUGUGUUGUGUGUCUUUGUUGUCGUACAAGCUAUAUAUUUAAACACUUUAUGGAUUUUGACGAAACGCAAUAGGAAAAGAUACGCGAAAUGAAUUACAUUUAUGUUAUAACGUCGACAUCAGUCCAAUGUUCAAAGCGUUCAAAGACAUAUCUCCGAUUUCCAGACGGAAUUCAUUGUCGAUCGAAAUGAAGCUCGAAAGACUAACAUAGUUGUACGUAUACAGACUCGCUACACGGCGCAACGCACGUGAUGUUAAAAUAGAUAUCCAUAGUAUUCGUAGUGUUGAAGACUGACGAACGAAAGAGAAUAAUUAAUACGUGCGUCCGACAGCAUAGACGGGAAGGGAGGAGAGAUAUCCGUCAUUUAAUCUUAUCUUCGGCAUGUAACAACAAUUUGAAAAUCUCAUAGAGCGAGCUCGUCCGCGCGGAGAACCAAAGAAAGAAAUCAAAUCACGCAAAUACGAAAUAGCUAUUUAUUAUAAAUAUAUAUAUAUCCGAAUUAUAUAUAUUAUAUAUACAUACAUACAUACAUACACGCACACAUACAUACACGCAUACAUACAUACACAUGCACGUCAUAAAUUAACGACGUGGAACGUUCAUUCGGAAGUGUUCACUUAUGUUCGCGUGCAUAUAUAUGGUCGCGUUUAAUUGUACGUAGAUUAGUACAUCGAACAACUAUUUUUUCCUCACGUGCAUAGCUUUUUUGAGACGCGACAACGCCGAAUUGUCAUCGCCUCUUUACUAUCGACACUAUGCGUCGAACGUAAGUUUUUGCUUGUCACACGCGAUCGCACGCAUGUCACUUGUUUCCACUUGGUGGAAUUUACUUCGGAACAAAUAGGAUUAUCGAGAUAAGUUGGUGAUCUCAAUAGUACUUGUAAGCGAACACAAUUGUAAUUUAUAUUCUACGUUUCCUCCUUGUUUUCUUACCUCCCGUACGAAUACACGUGAGGGCGAUGCCGUUUAUCCGGAAUCUCACAGAUACUGUGCCUAUGCAACAGAGGCGAUUGUAAACGCAUUCAACGCGCUAGUCUACUUAAUCAGGGACGUGGAAUUUUAUCGGAAAUAGCUUUUAUCGCUUUUAUCGUGCUAUCUUGUGUCGUUGGAAUCUUGAAGAGAAAUCUAUCCGUGUUAAGAUCUGCCUCGCGCGAAUCUCGGUACGAAAUAAAUCUAAGAACGUAGAGAAGAAGAAACACAAUGUGUGUACAUAUACCGGUGAGAAUAAAUCGGCAGAGACUUGUAUAAUCAACUAUUUAUUAUUAUCCACUUUUUCAAUUGCUUUUGGAAAAUAUAUAUAUAUAUAUAUGUAUAUAUACAUACAUACACACAUUCACACACACACAUACCCGCAAUGUUCCUCAUUGUACACUACUACGCUUGUACAGGUACACAGGUAUGACGGACAUGUUGCGAAUACCACUUCUUUUGGCAGUUUUAUACAUAAUCUAUACAAAAAUAUGAUUUAAAAACAAAACUUAACAUUAUGCGCUCUUGCUAUUGCCACUACCUGCUAUCAUUCUCACUAUUAGCAUUUCGCCAUAAAUGCACAGAAAUACACAAAAAGCGAUCCUACCGCAUAAAAAGAUAUAAAUACUACAACAACAACAACGAUUAGAGUCUUCUUGUUGUAACGAAAUUACGCUACAUCCAUACCAGAGCAAGCCUGGAAAAAUAAGAGAUACAAAGACAAAUGAAAUUUUCCUGCUACAUACAUUAAUAACCUACGUUUUCAAACUUA